CUCGGGUUUUGAAACUCAGCCAAUAUAAGGUUGAAAAGCUCCGCAUUUGAACACGAAUUUUCUCGAAAAGAAAAACAAAAGAAAACGCCACGCUGGAUUGAUUAAACUUAUAUUUGACACCAUCCGUAGCCGUUUGCUUCAAUCCUGUCUUGUUCGUACCCAACCUCGUUCGUUCAAAGCACGACACCAAACAAAUAGCCACCAUGUCGAAGCCACAAAUCAUCCCCAUGCAUUCGUACGAUGCAAUGCCUGUUUUCGCGAAUAUGGUUUUGACCAUUAUGCUCAAAUACGACCACGUGCUUGAUCCUAUCAUGUUGAAAAACGCCAUGGUCGAACUGGUUGACAGAGACGGCUGGCGGAAACUCGGGGCCCGGCUCAAGUAUGAGAAAGGCAAUUUUAUCUACCACGUGCCGGCCGCAUUCAGCGAGGCCUGCCCGGCCAUAACCUUUUCGCACGUACAUUACGACACCCCUAUGGCCGAACACCCGGCAGCACGGAAUAUCCCGACCUCUCGACCGGCGCACGACCGGCCGACGGUGGUGAUGGACCUGGAACCCCUGGCCCCGCUAGUUCGGCGGGCGGAUGCCCCGGCCACGCGGCGCGAGUUUAUCGACCGCGGCCUGCCGCAGCUGGAGCUGCACGUAGUCACCUUUCGCGACGGCACCACCGUCGGCGUCAGCUGCCUGCAUUCGCUGCUGGACGGCACGGCGCUGGGCAUGUCCGGGCUGCUGGGCGCGUGGAUGCUCGUGCUGCAGGGGCGCGGCGCCGAGGUUCCCGAGACGUGCGGCUUCGACCGCGACCCGCUGCGCAACCUCGCUGCGCUGCACAAGCCCUCGGACCCGCCGUACCGGCACGCGCGCCAGGUCAGCAGCCUGCUGGGCUCGAUGGUGUGGGCGCUGCGGCGCGCCUGGGAGGUCUGGUGCGAGCCGGCCGAGGAGACGCGCAUGGUGCGCGUGCCGGGGCGGUUCGUGGAGCGGCUGAGGCAGACGGCGCUGGAGCGGCUCGCGGGCGGCGGUGACAAGCCGGCGUGGGUCAGCGAGGGCGACGUGCUGGUGGCGUGGUGGAGCCGCUACGCCACGCUGCACAUGCCGCCGAGCCGGCCGGUGAUGCUGACCAUAGCGUACAACAUGCGCAAGGCGCUGGCGGGCGUGCUGCUGCCGCCGGCCGACGAGCGCAAGGUCUUCCUGUCCAACUGCGCGACGGGGCUGAUGGUGCACACGACGGCCGGGGCGCUGGCCGGCGAUCCCGCCCCGACGGCGGCCGAGGUGCGCCGGUCUCUCCAGGACACGGGGACGGCGGAGCAGCUGGCGGCCAUGCAUGCCGCGUGUCUACCGGACCCCCGCAGCCAGCUGACCAGUCGCCUGGUCGGCUCGCCCUGGGGCGACAUGCUCAUAUGCAGCAACUGGACGCAGGCCGAGUUUUUCCACAUCGACGUCGCGCCGGCGGUGGUCGGCGGCGCCGAGGGUAAAGUGGUGCCGAGCUUUAUAAGCUACCGCACCGACAGCCGGGCCUGGGCGAUGCGUAAUGCACACAUCAUCGAGGGCAAGGACGCGCAGGGCGACUACUGGCUUGCCGGGACGUUGCGCAAGGGGCUGUGGGAUAGGGUUGAGGCGGCACUGGAGAGCGAGAGGUUGUAAGUGAGUUCAGAAUGAGCGGCAAAGGAUGUUUUGGCAUCUCACUGGGAUGGGCAGGGACAGUAUGGGAUGGGAUCAAAUGUAACUUUAUUGUCGGAAAACUUUUGAGACAAACCAAAAAACCUAAUCGAGUGAAAAGAGAAAAAAACAAAAACAAAAGAAAAACAGAGAUGAACAAGUGACAAGACAAACGAAGCGAUAAAACAAUCAAAUUGAACACGCUUGCCCCUCCC